AUGUGUCGGCUCACAUGCGUCAUCACGAGCGGCCAGCCGCUGCUCUUGGCGGACAUCUUAACUCGCCCGCGUAUGGGCAUUAUUCGUCAAUCCUUCAACUGCAAGGAACGUCUGGCGCAUCGCAACAUUCGGCAGGCCUACCAGCAGGCGUCGCUUAACGGCGAUGGUUUCGGCGUGGGAUGGUAUUCGUCUCCGGCGUCCGCGUCGUUUUCGUCCUCGCCCCUCGCAGACUAUGAGGAAGAAGAGGAGCUCGAGUUCGAGUCCGCAGCGUCGCGGCACGUUGUGGAGAGGGCUCUCCGACGUGCGUGCGCCGAGGAGGCGGAGCCCAGCUGCGCUAGCGCCCUUCCCAACGGCGAAGAUGAACACGACGGACGGGAACGAGUAGACCGGGUGGCGAAGGCCGCCGCCUCUGCCUACUCGUCGCUCGCCUCUGCAGACGCCGAGCCCUGCGUCUUCACUUCGCUGAAGCCUGCGUGGGCCGAUCGGAAUCUCUUCAUUCUUGCCGAGAAGAUCGCCAGUCGCCUGAUCUUCGCCCACGUGCGCGCCGCGAGCACCAACCUUAGCGGCAGUUGCUCAGCCGCGGCAGCGAAGGCGCUGGGGAGCGGCGAAGAAGGUCACUCGGCGGAGAACGGAGGAGAUCUUCCUGUGUGGGCGACUUGCAGUAGCAGCGUGAGUACCGAGCUCUGCUGCCAUCCCUUUCGCUGCGGUCGAUUUCUCUUCAUGCACAACGGAGGAAUCGGAGACUUCGAACGCAUUCGCAGGCCUUUACUGUCGCUUCUUCCGGAUCCCUUCUUCACUUACGCAAUCACCAACAGCAGCAUCGACAGCGUGUGCUUAUUUGCGUUGUUUCUUUCUCUGCUGCCGCACUCGCCGCUGGUGCCGUCGUCUCCGACGACGAUUCGAAAUGCGAUCGAGGAGAUGAUCAACAUCACGUGCUGUCUGCUGGAGAAGCACAAAUCGACUGCGAUCACGCUGUUGAACGUGGUGGUCACCGACGGCACAUGCGUCGUCGCGACCAAAUUCGUCGCGGGGGGGUUCGCAGGCCGAGCCCACAAGCUCGGAAGCAGCUCGAGUCUGGGCUCCACUGUCUUCUCUCAGCCUGCUCGGGCGCCCGACAGCCGGCGGGGCCAGCGCGCGGACGAGACCGGGCCGCGGCGCGGAGGCGACCUCAGGAAAGGCGAACCGAAGUCUACUUCGGUCUACUCGCAGUGGUACAACGCGAUGCUUGAGGACACUGCAGACGGGGAACCCGACAGAGAAAAGGACGUGCGACAGUACGAAGAGGAUGGUGUUCAGGCUGCGAGUCUCUACUUCGCCACCGGCACGUGGUGGCAGCAGCAGGGCGACGACCCCGAGAGUUUCGUCAUGACUCACUCUGACAAGCGGACGGAUAUCUGCAUUGUCACCAGCGAGCCCUUGACGGCGAAUCCAGACGACUGGAUGGCGGUCCCUCGCAAUCACAUGGUCGUGAUCACGCCUUCGAUUGAUCUGCUGCUUCAUCCGAUUACGGUGUCUCUGUCUUUCCCGCCUUCGUUCUUUUUUCGCGCUGCUCCAUCCCUUCCUCUGAGCUCUCCGUUGUCGUCCGUGGCCGCGGAGUCCACCCGAAAAGCUUACGACAGUCCGCUGGGCACUCCGCAGAGUCCACGCGCCAACGCGCGCGCGGCUGUCUCUCUUGCUUGUGCAUUCGCUCGCGCUCCUGCCUUGUCCUGCUGCGGAGACCCUUCGGGGCCCGCAGACAUCAUCGAGAAGGAGGCCGCGGAGGACGAGUUCGCUGCGCCGUGCCUCUCGUCGGCCUGCUGUCAGAACCUCGCACAGCGCGCCUCGGCGCCUUCGGGGUCGCCUCUUGCGCCGUCGAAUUCCCUCCUCGCGCAUGGCAAGCGUCAGACGCCGUCCGCGGCUCUUGCCUUCGUGGCGGCAGAAGCCAUCGAUGGGUCAGGGCACAAAGAGGGGGGUCUGCCGCUGGAUGCCUCCGAGGAGAAGCUUGCCGGCGCCGUCCAGCGUUCUACACCAUCGGACUGGAGCGCGCCUGAGGCAGGCCUGUCCCAGCUGCGUGUGUUGGAAAAUACGCAUGCGCUGGGUGAGCGUGUGGCAACCGACCCUUCGCACAGAGGGGGCGCGAGCCAGGGCGCGGCUGGCGCAGGAGUGGAACACUCACAUGUGUCUGCUGAGGCCGAGAGAGCUGCAGACGACUCCGCUCGUUCCUGGCAAUCUGCCGCCGGCGCGCCGUCUCCAGGCUGCGAACCGUGGGACGCUUCGCCCGACGUCACCGCCUUGGGAGACGGCCUGCCGUGCGGAGAGCGGGGCGAUCACAAACAGAACAGCGUUUUCGUUGCUGGUCCUUCGUCGUCAGCGCCAUUCUCUUCAGACGCAUGGGCGUCGGGACGUCUCCCCCGUCCGGAUCCGCGUUCAGAUGUGUUGCCGCUCCCGUUUCCGUCUCGGCAGGCGGAGGGGGAGGGCGGCCGUGUGUCCUCGGCUUCGCUCCUUGCGGUCUCCGGCGCUCUCGUGCCGACCUCUCGCGUGGCCUCUUCCUGCUUCGUCGUUGGUACAGCCACGAGGAAGGAACAGCUUCCAGACCACGAGGGGUCCCUUAGGGACGAGUCGUUCCCUAGGUGGCGUCUGUCCUCGUCGCACGCCUCGCGCGUGUCGAAGCCCCCCUUCUUUGGGCUGUCCGCGCCUUUCUUCUCCCUGCCUGCGCCCGGCCUUCCGUCGCUUUCGCUGCCGCUGCCCUCUCCUUCCUCGUACCAUCUGGUGCAUACGCUCCGCGUCAGUCAAAGCGCGAUUUUGAGCAUGACCGCGAUAACUCUUCGCUUCCACCUCGACAACUCCUUUUGCGCUUGCUCCUUCUCCUCCCACUCCGUCUCUUCCUGGGCGAGUGAAGGCGAGACGGAAGGGGAGGAAGACUUCCGCGGGGCGGCGGACUUGCUGCUGCGGUCGUCACCCUCAGCCGUCUCGGCGUCGUCCUCCGCGGGGCCCUUCGUCUACGGCGCGAACCGAGCGAGGGAGAGAGAAGUCCAGCAAGCCAAGGGACGCUACUUGACUUGCCGCCUCCUCGCAGCAGGCAGGCAAGACGGAAGCAUUACUGUCGUCGAGACGCCGUCGGCAUGUCUCUCCAGGCGCAGGUACUUUCAAGCCCACACUGGAGGGGUUCUGAGUUUGACAGCCUUCGCGGUAACCCCGGGUGAGGAAGACCCCGAGAGACACGCCGCGGACGUGCCCGUUGAAGGGCGGCAGACCAAACCCGGGCGAGCCAAGAAAUCUGACGCCGCGGCCGAGGGGCUUGAAGGUGACGGGCUCUACGAAGACGAGAGACGAGCCGCGAGAUCAGGGCCCACGUGGAGACAGUUCGAAGAGGAAAGGAGACGGAAGCAUGGGGCACCAAGUAGCUCGUCAGAGUCUGCGCGGAAGGGCGCAUGCGGUUGCUGUCGUCGACAACUUCCGAAAAUCUACCUGGUCAGCGGGAGCAGCGACACCUCCGUCGCGCUAUGGGAUAUCAGUUCCUUGCUUCUGUCGUCUGCCGCAGCCGCUGCCGCUGCCUCAGUCGCGGCGCCGUUCGUUGAAGUUCACGGCGCGCGCGCGGGCGACCGAGACGCAGAGUGCACCAUGAGGUGGGAUCGAACGAACGGAGAGAGAGACCACCUCGGAUCGACUCUGCUCGCGGCGAAGCCUGAGAGGCGACACAGCUACGGCGGCAGCUACGAGAGACGGCGCAGUUCCGCGCAUGAGGCAGAGGACCUCGGCCGACCCGCGAGACGAAGCGUCAAGCGGAUAGACGAUGACGAACUGGAGCUGGACGCCAACACUCUCCUGGCUCUGCGCGUCCGCCUCAGACCUCACCAGGGCGACGUUCUGUCAGCGGCCGUGUACCCUGCCGCUGCCCUCUCCAACAGCAUCCACGAGUGCUUCGAAGGGAGAGGCGGCGAGCGGGGUCUGCACAGGCGUGGCGGCGGAGGCGUGGAGGAAGGCCUCGGCGAAGAGACGGGAAGGCAUGGCGAGCAAGGCGAGGCGUCUUCUGCGGACGAGAGGAGACCUGCGUGUGAGCGGGCUCCCUGUCCGCCGUCCUUGGAUUCGGGGGCGGGCUGUGUGUAUACGUACUACCACUGCUCGCGGUGCUGCGAGCAGUGGGGCCGGAAGGCGCCGCGGGCGUCGCGCCAAGGCAGUCCCGCAGAGUCCGCCGGGGGGUCGAAGGCGAAGGUGUUGCAUCCGUCGCGUUCGUUCUCAUGUGCGUCAUCUGCGCUGGAUUUCCCGUCGCCCUUGCGACUCCCCUCUGAGCGGCCCGCGCUCCUCUCGCUCGACAACGCCUUGCUGACGUGUCCCUCCUUCUCGAGUCCGAGUGCCCUCUUCCUGGGCUUCCAGUCUACGAAGGUCGGAAUGAUCUCCAUUCCUUCGCUGUUGCGCUACAUCGCCUACGUCGACGGAUUCUUGGCGAUACUCGAGCAGCGUGUUCCCUCCGCCUCGUGGUCGUCCGCCUUCUCCACCUCUUCUUCUAGCGCGUCCUCUGCGGCGUCCUCGCGCUCCGCGUCGGCCGCCGGACGCGCAGCAGGGACGAGCCCAGCGCGCCGCCCUGUGUCGCCCCAAGCCGCUAAACCUGGCGCAGCGGUCGACGAAGAGGAGCCCCUGCACCAGAUUCGCCUGCGGCACGAGGAGGAAGGCAGGAAAAUCUACUCGCUGGCGCGCGCUCUCCUGCGGGAGGUGGUUUUGAACAACGUGCAGGAGGAGACGGUUUGCGGGUUCCGGCGGAAGGCGGGCCGGCGUGCGCGGUUCCCCGGUCAUCCCUGCUGCUUCAACGGCGGCGUGUUUGCCAGCAGAGCUCCGGAGAACCUCAAGUUCAUCCCGUUGAUGAACGCAGCUCUGCAAGAGGAGCUCCAGCGCGCUCUGAAGCGGUACCGGAAACUCUCCCUCCUCGAGUCGUUCGCGGAGUCGCGGUCCUUCGACGGCAGGCUCUUGCGCGGCGCCGAAGGGGCGGGCAGCGGGACGGUGUCCCCAUCUGCGUACGAGUCCCGAGACCGGAAGGCCGGGAGUGCAGAUAACAGAGGCGGCGACUGGGUGGCUGAGGACGCGGAGCAGCGGAACGGUGACGCAGGGGGAGCGAAGAAGGGCAACGGUGGCGGGGGCGAAGGGAGAGGCGCCCAGGGUGAAAGGGGCUAUGGAGCAGGGCCUAGCCGAAGCUGCAGCAGGACCCCGAUUCCGCGGGUUGCGUCGUACUCCUCCUCUCUUUGCCAAGACGCAGCUCCAGGCCUGCUGCUGGCGAAGGCCAUCAGCACGACUUUGUCCCCGCAGGCGGACUGCUCUCUGCUGUUUUCUCUUUCUUCGCCGUGCCUGCAGACCCAGGCGCUCGCUGCCGAGGUCACCCUGGGAAAGGGCGAGACGCAGAAGUCGCCCUCUGUUCUGUCUCCUCUCGCGGCCGGGCACUGCGUGUUCAACAGCCCUGACCUCUACCUCGAAUGCCGCUUGCUGCCUUUCCAGCCUGGCUCACUUCCCUCGCCGCACGAGCACUCUCCUUGCAGCGAAGUCCACCGCGGCGCCGCGCGCCGCUGCCGCGGAGACGAAGGCGCCGACGGCGAGCUGCGAGACGGAGUUUGUUCCGCCCCCAGUUCAUCGGCGGCUCCAGACGCAGCUGAGUCUGGGAAGCUCCAGCCGACGACGACUCCGCCGCCGUCGUCGCCCCAGUCUCCGCACUCGACGCUGUCCUCGCCUCCGCUUCGAGAUCCCGCGUGCCCUUCCGGCUGCGAAGACGAGCGUCACCACGCGCGGCCUGCGCCGGCUGUGACGCAUCCGCUGCUUUCGUCUUCGCUCUCCUCUGCUUUGUGUCGCUCACGCGUGGGAGAGAGAGACGAGCUUGGCAGAGGGUCGGGAGGCCUCGCCCGGGGUGGCGCGAGCGCGGCGGCGUGCGUGCCACGCCAGCCAGUCGCGCCUGCGGGCUCGUCCGGGCUGCUGGCGGCAAGCGCCAGUCAGGUCACGGCCUCGUCGACGGUGAGGGCGGCGUCUCCGUCCCCCUGCUCGUCAGCCCGCUCAAGCUGCCGAGCCGCGUGCUCAGACCCCGCGGGUCACGUGGGCUUCGUCGAGUGCGUCGUCGCCUGCGGGCCCUUUCUCUGCUCGGGAGGCGGCGACGGCCGCGUAGUCGUGUGGACGCUGCGCAGCGGAACAGUCCGCGGCGAGCUCCGCGGCCACCGCGGAGGCGUCCUCUGUCUCUCGUUCUACAACGGAGACCCAGACGGCGGGUAUCUCUCCGCGCGGCGUAGGACGAGACGCACCAGGCGCCCGCGCGCGGGCGGAAACUUCCCUACAUCAUCGGGAGCGAGGGAACCCUCGCGUUCUCCGUCCCGCGACGGGCUGCCUCGAGGGAGCGACGAAGAGGAAUCUACUCGAUCUGCCUCUCAGGGCCGUGGGGCGUCCGAUGCGGCGGCCUUGGUAGGAGACGCGCCGGAGCGCAGGAACCCGGAGUGCGACUCAGAGGCGCGCGCUGCUCUGUCGGACGAAGGUAGCGUUCACUGUCGUUUCUCCUCUCCCUCCACUGCGAUGUCGGCGCUCUCAAACCUGAGAGAUGACGCCGGCGCGAUCGUGCCAGACGCGUCGCGACUGCCGGAUCUUGCGUCUAGUAGGAGAAGGCGAGCGUCGCGCAGCAGCAGAGGGUGUCUCGAAGAGGAAGAAGGAGAGGGCGGACUCCUGUUCUCAGGCAGUCGAGACAAAACGAUCCGUGUGUGGCGCAUAGACGACAUGGUCUGCGUGCAUGCGCUGCACCGACACACCGCCGAAGUCCUCUCCCUCACGUCCAACAGCACUCACGGUCUCCUGGUGAGCGGCGCGGCAAACGGCGAGGUGUUCGUCUGGUGUGUGGAGACCCUCGAUGUCGUUCAUGCGCUCAACACGGCCUCUCCGAAUGAGAGAGACUGGGGCUGUCUGUCGCCCACGAUGUUCUCUUCAUCGCCCAAUCGCUUCCUCGCGGGCGCCAACCCAAGCGGCAGCAGAUCGCACGGAGGCGCAGAGAUAAGGUCGGGGAACUCGCUGGCAAGGCCCAGGAGCUCGUCGUCGGCCUCUGCAGGCCCCGGACAGAGAGGCGGACAGCAGGGCGUGGCUGUCACGGCGCUGCUCCUGGUGGGUCGCACCGCGGCCGCCGAGAAAGUGCGGCCGCGAAGCAGGCAAGCGAAGGCACGCAGACGCGCCGGCGAAGACGACCUCUCCUCGUUCAGCGAGACGGAGCGCUGCGGCGCGUGUGGAAUGGACGCCGAAGGAGGGCACGCCUGUGGCGAUUCUCGCCUCACCAAUGGACACUUCCGACUCCACAGGGGGAGACGGACGCAUGCGCAGGAAGCGGAGCAAGGCAAAGGCGGAUCCGGGAUCGCGUCCGACCGCAGAAGCAGCACCUCCUCGACUUCGCCUGGCACCAGUGCGCUGAGCAGCAGCGCCCUGAGUUCAGAGGACGAAGAAGAGACGCAGUUGCUCCUGGAGGGCGACGGCACCGCCACCGUCCAGCUGUGGGCUGCCACCGGAAACGGCCUGCUGCGCGUCUGGCAGGUGCCCUCGUUGAAGCGCCGCUGGCAACGCUUAGAGUUCCUGACGCCCCACGCGGAGAUAGACCAGCCCGACGGGGCAAGCGCCCCCGAGCGGGCUGGGGGCGUCGGAAGCCGUCCCUUCUUUGGGUUCGAGACCACCGCCCAGAGGACUGAAGUCAGCUCGCGAGGCUACAGCGUGGGAAGCACCGCGGCGCGCGCAGGGGUCGCGAUUUCGAGCAGCGAGUCUUCGGCGGAGAGCAGCCUUCGCUCGAGGUCGGCGCCUGCAGAUGACGCGAGCCGGAAGCAUCGGGGAAAGGGUCAGGGGUUCACAGCGGAGGAGAGCCCGCGACCAGAGGAUGCAGGUGUGCCUCGUGGUGAGCGUUCCAAAACCCUGUCCGUCUGGGAUGGCGCGAAGGCCGGCGCCAUCGCGCUUCCCGGGGCUGCAGGUUUCACGAGGAGUCUCUGCAGUAAGGGGGCAUUCCGCGGUGUGUCUCUUGCCCACGUUUUCCUGUCCUCUGCCGGUGCACGCUACGCCUCGUCGCUCUCUCUGUCGUCGUCCACGUGUUUCAUGACGCUGCUGCGCCGCUUCGUGGCGCUGCCAUCGGUAUCUGGGUCGGCGGCCUUUCUCAUCCCAGGCUGGAAAGCGGCCUCCUUCCUCGCAUCGUGCUUCGAGCGGCUGCUGGGCGCGGAAGUUCAGCUCGUCCCCACCUUCGCGUUGCCCCUUGCAAGCUCGGCGAUACCUCCUGCUCCCAAUGGAGGCCUCAGCAUCGCGCACGAGGCCUGCGGGCUGGAUGGCGCGGCGCCCUGUGGCGGCGCCAUCAGAGAGCAGGCGCCUCUGAAGGCCGCGAGUCGGCUGCUUGGCACUCCGGACGUGUUCGCGGGUGGACGGGAGGAGCCGGCGGGCCUGCCCGUUGUCCUGGCGCGUCUUGGCUGCGACCCGAAGAAGCCGACCAUUGUGUUUUACUCGCACUACGACGUCGUGGGGGCGGAGUUCACUGGCGAGCGAGCGGAUGGCGCAGAUCUGCGGCGGUUCCGGCGCAGCGAGUCGCCUGCCUCUGGGGCGUCUCCGCGGAGUACCGUGGCGCCGCAGGCCAGGCCCGACGGGGAACAGGGGGCGCGCCCCGAGGAGGGCCGUUCGGGCGCGUGCCGCGAGCGGGGCGCGCCCGGCGCCAGCAGGCAACCGCCUCGCCGACCGCCCUCGGCGGCCGCAUCCACCACCUCUGCGUGGCGCAGCAACCCGUGGAGCGUGUGGGGCGAAGAUGGCUACGUCUACGGCAGGGGCGUCAGCGACAACAAGGGGCCGAUCCUGUGCACACUCUUCGCGGUGCGAGAGUUCGUGCGGCACUGGAGGCGGAAGCGAAGGCAGCGGGACGUCUGCCGCGCUGAGGCGGCGAGACGAGGGCGACACGCGAGCAGGGAGGAGAGGCGGCGCGAGCGCGGCAAGGCGCCCGCUACAGAUGAUGCCGACUGCAGGAACGACGUGAAGGACGCGCGUCGCGGAGAGAGGGAAACCGCCAGAAGCGAGACGGCCGACGGCUCCAAGCGACGGUGCAAGAGUCGGGCUGACAAAGGCCUCCCGUUCAAUUUUGUCUGGGUGUCGGAAGGACAAGAAGAAAGCGGCAGCAGAGGAUUCGAAGAGGCGCUGAGAAGACACCUCGACUGGAUUGUCGGCAGCAGAUUCUUCGUUAUCUGCACCAACAGUUACUGGAUCGAUGACCUCCACCCGUGUCUCGUUUAUGGCAUGCGCGGCGUCGUCGAUGUGCGCAUCUCUGUAGCGGGAGGCCGUGAGGAAACAGGCCACCAUUCUGGCGUGCAUGGAGGGGCCGUUGCCGAGCCCAUGCAAGAGCUUCUUCAUGUGGUUUCCAGCCUCACCGACUCUCGCACGGGCUACGUACGCAUCCCGCAAUUCUACGACGGCGUUCAGCCGAUUUCAGAGGACGAGCUGGCUUCCCUAGCAGACAUUCCGCUCGACGCCGCGGCGUAUGGAGCCUCUGUUAAAGAUGCGGGGCUUCGGAGCGCAGACGGGCCUACCCUGCUGCGGAAGAGGUGGCUGGAGCCAUGCUUGUGCGUGGUGAACAUAUCGUCUUCGGCGCAGUCUCUCCCCAGCGGCGGCGCGUCGCUUGCGGCGACUUCCUCGCAACCCUCGACGUGUUCGGGGACGCCGGUAGGGCAAGCGGCAGAAGGGAUGUUGCACGGCCGGUGCGACCACGUGCAUCACCGCGGGCAAGCCGUGGAUCGCGAGGGGCUCCAGGUCGGAUCGGGUGGCGGAAAUUUCCGCAUCAUUCCUUCUGCUGCGUUCUGCGACCUCUGCGUUCGGCUGGUGCCAGCGCAAGACCCCACUGCGAUUUUCGUGGCUAUCAAACGCUAUGUGGAGGCUCUCUUUCGCGAGAUGCAGUCCCAUCACCAGGUGUAUGUACACCUCCUCGGGCACGGACAGGGCUGGAAGACGAACAAGCAAAGCAAAAGCGCUCAAGCCCUGUUCAGGGCUGCUCAUCAGGCUGUCCAGGAGGUGUGGGGCGUCGAGCCUUUGCACAUUCUCGAGGGCGGAUCGAUGCCGGUCGUAAAAGUUCUCACUGACCUCCUUUCGCGGCAUCUGGCAGCAGUCUAUUCACCUGCGUCGUGCAUGCCGUCGUCGCUUCUUCCGACUGUCUGUUCGUCUGCAUUAUCUUCGGCUCCACGCGCACUCCUUCGAGAUGCCGCGCAGAGCGACGGCCCGCAAGAGGCUGGCGAAUCAUCUUCGAGGUCUGGUGAUGCUAGAGCGGCGAGCCUUGAAACUGUGGGACAGAAAGAGAAGUCACUCGAGGACGUUGUCGCGAUUCAGAUCCCACUCGGACAGGCCAGCGACAACGCCCACUUGCCGAAUGAAAGAAUUCGCAUCAUCAACCUGUAUCGAGGCAUCAAGGUCUUAGAACGCACCCUAGAUCUUCUGGCGCAGCUCCAUCGUCGUUGUGUGGCUCUGGUCGCGUCUGCUGACGUAACUAAGGGCAAGAAAGCGGGCGACUUGAUCGUUUAA